AGUUGCUCACAAAAUCCUUUAAAAACUCAUUGGAUUGUUUUAAAAAUGCACUGUAACCAUGCUUAAAGGGUCAGUUCACCCAGAUUAGAACAUUAACAUUUUCACACUUACCUCUAAUGGUUUCCAACAAUGCAGAUUUUUUUUUUUAAACUUGCCCAGGUUUUGAGAUAUCAAUCUCUGAGACUUCUGCCUUCACCACAAAGGAGAUAUAUAGCUCAAAAACUUCAAACCAAAACUAUCUACAUGGUUAGAAAACAUUACAGAUAAGUGAGAAAUUGCGUUAUAUUUAUUCAUUUUUGUAGUUUGUGUGAACCAACCCUGUAAAAUAAGCCAGUUUUUCUAAGUUUCUGAAAGCUGACAUUUUGGAGAUGUGUGACUUUUACAGGACACAAACCUGCUUUUAUCAGUAAUAUGGCAGUCACCUUCCUUUGCCUUUAGGGUCCUUAAUCAUUCUUUUUAAUGGUCAUGUGUCCCUUAAUAUCUGUCAUUACAAAUGGUAUAGCACAUUACAGGAGUAAAGUACAAUUUGAUUGUUUUUCACACUGUAUCCUACUUUUGUUUCAUUUCAUGUGUGGCCUAGAUACAGAAGAAAAGAGAAGGAUAUCAAAAAAAAGAGAAGGAAAAUAACGUGAUGGAAUUUCAUUUUGUCCAUAAAAGCGAAAGGGGACAUUAAACUGAAACUAUCAUUCAGACAACGCUUUCUACUGAAACCAAGCAUUUCCUUUCAAAACCCGUGGCCUCAGGAGGGCAAAUCAUACAAACUAUCUGACGGUUCUGUUAAUGUCCAACAAGAACAGAAAAUAAUGAGGAAAUCAAUAUCAGAAUCCAUCAGAUAAUGCUGAUAUUAUUUAUUCACACCACAAAUGUCGUGACAGUUUAACUACCUUGGGGUGGGCAAUAUGGCCCUAAAAUAAAAAAUAAUAAUAAAGUCAAUUAUUUCUUAUUUCACCAUUUUAAUUCUACUUAAUCCUUACUUUAUUGUGAUAUUUUAUUGUCACCAAGACACAUUUAUUUCAGUUGUGUCUUGUGACAUAACUGUAUGAACCCCAUGUACUUAUAUGCAAUCAGCCCAACUCAGCUCAACAGGAAGACACAAAUGUCACUUUCCAGCACUGCAGUCAUACGACAUGAUUUGUGUGUUAACUUUAUAUUGCAAAUAAGUAACAAUAAUAAAAACACAGGCGACACAAAUAACAUCAUUAACUUAGAUAUUUUUCAUCAAUAAUUUUCACAUGACCCAUUUGUUUGCAUCUUUGUUUUUCAUGGUAUAGUAAUAAAUUAAGCACGCAAAAUGUCUAAAAAGAUUUGUUCAUAGGUCGUAUGACAAUUUACAAUUAUGAUGUAAACGUUUAAAUGUACAUGCAGGUUUACAGUUCCAACUAGUUACACUACUGUUAAUAUUCUUAUUCUCAUACAUAAUAUUUAAAUUUACUUUUAAAAUCUAAAAAUCUGGUUAAAUUAUUAGUAUAUAUAACCAGAAGGGAAAGAGAAUGAAAGGAGUGAGCAGGGGAUUUUUUUUUGUUGUUGUGGUUUUUGAAGUUUCACUUUCCAGUCUCAAAAGAUUCCCUUGAAGAGGCGUGUCUAAAGAGUAUUUAAGACAACCCUUAGCCUCUAUCCCUCACAGCACUUCAACAAACUUUGCUUUCUUUGACGCUAGCUGAUCUCUCCAGCUGCACUUAUUACAGCUCCUUUCUACCAUCGCCACCACAAGGAACAAGCAUCUGUGUCAUCUUGACCAAAGAGGAAACCAACAAUGUCCAGCAUCAUGAAAGUGUUUCUGCUCCUGGCUGUCAUGGUCUGCAUCUCUAAAGCCCAGCUUCACCAAUCAGGACAGCGCUGUCUGUGUAAUCGCAUCAGGAGUAAAUUAGCCUUCAAGUCUGAAGUAAAGGACAUCCAGAUCUACCCAGUAAACAUCUUCUGUAACAAAGUGGAGAUUGUUGUCACCCUAAAGAGGGGCUUUCGCUAUUGCCUGGACCCCAAGUUGGACUCAAUGAAAAAACUCCUGGCUAACAUCAUCAAACAGAAAACCUCUACUACAGCCAGACCAACUGAGCUCACUUCCACCCCAGGCAGCACCAACACAGCUCGCAUCUGACUCUCUCUUUAUCUCCUUGGAUCAAUGAGAAGCUCAGUUGACCUCUGACACCCAACAAACGCACCUUAAAUGAAUGUACAUGUGAAAUGAAUGAAACUUUGUCUAUUUAUCUUCUAUUUAUACUGAUGUGCACUUACAGUGCAUCUCCGUUAUAUUUUAUUUCUUUUUAUUUGUUUUAGUAAAUAGAUUUAUGUGUUGUAAACCAAGUUUUCUGCAUUUUGGUAAAUUCAGUUUUUUGAUAGUAAAAAAAAUAAAAUGAAAAAAAUCAAGUGAG